AUGUCAGUACAGAAAUCGCCAAAUCAGAUCAAACUGCUUUCGGGUAACUCGCACUUGGAGUUGACUGGGCUGAUUGCAGGCAAGCUGGGCAUCCCGAUCUCCAAGGUGAGUGCGUUCCAGUAUACGAACCAGGAGACUGCGGUGAUAAUAGGCGAGUCCGUGAGAGACGAGGAUGUGUAUAUUGUGCAGACGGGUACAGGAGUGGAUAACAUCAACGAUUAUGUGAUGGAGUUGUUGAUAAUGAUCCAUGCGUGCAAGGCAGCCUCUGCGCGGCGGAUUACUGUGGUUAUGCCAUGCUUCCCAUAUGCUAGACAAGACAAAAAGGACAAGUCGCGUGCUCCAAUCACGGCCAAGUUGAUUGCGAACCUUCUGACGACCGCUGGGUGCCAUCACUUGGUGACAAUGGACUUGCAUGCCUCACAAAUACAGGGCUUCUUCAAGAUUCCUGUGGACAAUCUGUAUGCCGAACCCAAUGUGCUAAAGUAUAUCCGCGAGUCGAUAGACUACAGGAAUGCCAUCAUCGUCUCACCCGAUGCUGGUGGAGCCAAGAGAGUUGCUGCCAUUGCUGAUAAGCUGGACACGAGCUUUGCACUGAUUCACAAGGAGCGGGCUAGAGCUAACGAGAUUUCGCGAAUGGUGCUGGUAGGAGACGUCACAGAUAAGACGUGCAUUCUAAUCGACGAUAUGGCAGACACGUGUGGGACUUUGUGCAAGGCGAGUGAUAUUCUACUGGAUAACGGAGCCAACGAGGUGAUUGCAAUCGUGACUCAUGGAAUUUUCAGCAGCGAUGCGAUUGAGAAGAUCAACAAGAGCUCACUCAAGAAGAUCAUCUGUACUAACUCGCUACCACUGAGUUCGAAGGCCGAGGUGUGCGGAAGACUGGAGACGAUUGAUAUCAGCGGCACCCUGGCCGAGGCCAUAAGGAGGCAGCACUACGGAGAGAGUGUGUCAUAUCUGUUUAACAACGUGCCUAUGUAA